AUGAGCUCCCAAGGCGUGCGGAAAACUCGCUCAAGACGCCCAACACGGGGUCGGCCGAACACGAGACUCGAACAGGCCGUUAGUAGUCAGAUUGGAAUUCAGGAACAGAGCCAGUCGGCCAAUUCUCCCUCAUCGGACUUGCAGCCACGCAAAUCAUGGGAAGAUGUCCUUGCUGCUCUUGAGAAAGAGCCUCUUGCCCAUCAAGUACAGAGGUAUAAGGAAUGGAAACGGAACGGAUCACCCCAUGACAAUUACUGUCGCGUUUGCUUUAAGCCGGAUGGUCUAGAACCCUGCUUCAGCUGCCGGCUGGCUUUCCAUGACGAUUGUAUGCCCGCAGGUUGGCUGCGGACCUCGGAGAAUCAACUCUUUUGCGUCAUAUGCGUCCGACGGGGCUGGCAUACAGAUCCUCCUGUGCUUACGCCUCCCGCUUCACCAAUGAUGGGAGGGGCAUUUAGCGGUCUUGCUGCAGCCACUUUGGCGACAGAGCCCAAUACAAGUACUCGGCCAAGUCCGCACCUUGAUACUGCACCCCCGGACAGACAACCAGGGACUUUUCCAAUACAUGGACACAAAUCAUCUGAUGAACAGGCUGUACAAGCUCCUGAGAUGAUCCCGGAUAUUUCGCUCGAUAACCAUGAUACGAUUGAAAACGAUAAUACUCCAGGACCCUCGGGGCCGGUGGCCCGACGCCCUCGCAAAUCUCGGUAUACGAGCCUUCCCAGCGAUGUCGAUGCAUCACUGAACGUCCUGUAUCGAGAGCUUGAGUUGAAUUCAACUCUAAAACUGCAGAUCGAAGAACUUUGCCGCGAAAAUGCCCGACACAUUCAAACAGUUAAGAUACGUGACCUCAGUAUGAUGGCCCUGCGCCGAGAGUUGGAAAAUCGGCGCUGCUCGGACCAGGAACAUGAAAAGCUGCGAGAAACUGCGGUCCAACUCGAGGAUGCGAAAAAGGAGAUCCGAGAGCUUCGAGCAAGGAAUGAAGCUCUUGAAGCAGAGCUGCAGACCUCAAAAGAAGCAGGAGAGGAAGCCAAAGCUCUUGUAGAUGAUUGGAAGGGAAAGUUAUCACAAUUACUCAACAACUGAUGUAUCAUUCUAGCCACUGUGCUCUUAUCUUGAUCUUAGCGAGCGGGUGAUCUUUCUCGGUAGCAUUUUGCUAUGUCCCUUCUAUUUCCUUCCCCUCCUGUGCUGAAUGUCGCACGUUCCCUAGUCCCAUACACACCGCUUGAGAGGAAAGUCUGCCAGUAGGUCGUGCAGAGAGAAAACAUGGAGAAUCGCAGGAGCUGAAGGAAGACUCCGAGUGAGUAGGUCAGACGG